CGAUUUAGCGUCAAUCUCGCUCUCUCGCUAUCUCUCUCUCUCUGAGUCAAAAAUCUGAAACAGAAGAACAGAGUCCACAAUCUAGUUCCUUCUGCACUGCCACGUACAUGGUCCAAUACGUUUGACGAACUACUCUUCCACUCUAGCAAAAGGACACGCCCUCUCCUGUUCUUUCUUUCUUUUACUUCUUCGAACUUUCUGCUCUUCUCUUCUCUUCUCUUUCUCUUUUUUGAGCUCUGUUCUUCUUUCUCAGGCAAUUCAAGAUGGGUCAUCAAAUGUUUUUAAACAACCACCAUGAAUCUAGCAGAGAUCAAGGUUUUGUUAUAGACAUAUACCCUCUUAGUAGCUACUACUUUGGUUCCAAAGACCCUCUUCCUUUCAGAGACGAGACCUUAGCUGAUCGUGUCCAGAGGAUGAAAUUAAACUAUCAAACUCGUGGAUUGAGGACGUGCGUGGAGGCAGUUAUUUUGGUUGAGUUGUUCAAACAUCCACAUGUUUUGCUAUUGCAAAUAAAAAAUUCCAUCUUUAAGCUUCCUGGUGGUCGCAUAAGACCUCAUGAAUCAGAGGUUGAAGGAUUGAAACGUAAGCUAUCAAGAAAGCUCUCUCUAAAUGAAGACAAAACCGAUUGGGAGGUGGAUGAAUGCCUUGGGAUGUGGUGGAGGCCUGACUUUGAAACUUUGUUGUGUCCAUACAUGCCCCCUAAUGUAAACUCUCCUAAGGAAUGCACAAAACUCUACCUUGUGAGGUUACCGAUGAGUCGAAAGUUCAUUGUACCAAAAAAUCUUAAACUGCUUGCGGUUCCAUUGUGCCAGAUUCAUGAAAAUCACAAGACCUAUGGACCAAUAAUAUCGGGAAUACCACAGCUGCUAUCAAAGUUCUCCUUCAACAUUAUCAAUUCUUAAACUAGGCAACUUCAUUGUGAUUGAGGUGAGUACAGAGGUGGGGUAUACAGUUGUUAGAAAAGGCUUAUGGCAGGGACAUCUACUUCGUCAGAAGUCUCUAUAUAAAUAUUGUAUAUACAAUAGAAUCUUACAUGUAACUAACUAACUGGUAUUGAUGGUUUGUAAUGUUGAAACAGCAAUAUAUAUGUUGCAUUAAUA